AUAUAUAGACAACAACCAAGGUGGUGGUGGUGGUACCAAUCUAAAACAGAGAGAGAGAUAGAGAAGUUGUUGAAGAGAAGAAAGGGAUAGGAGAAGCUAGCCAUUCCUCUCCAUUCAUCUCCUCUCUUUCCCUUUCUUAUCUUUCUCUUCAUCAUCAUCAUCAUCAUCAUCAUCAUCAUCUUCUUCUUUAUCUCUCUCAAAGAAUGGCUACAUUUGCAGGCACUACACAGAAAUGCACUGCAUGUACUAAGACUGUUUAUUUGGUUGACAAGCUCACUGCUGACAACCGUGUUUAUCAUAAGGCUUGCUUUCGUUGCCACCAUUGCAAAGGCACUCUCAAGCUUGGAAACUACAACUCUUUUGAAGGGGUUCUUUACUGCAGGCCUCACUUUGAUCAGCUAUUUAAGAGAACUGGUAGUCUGGACAAGAGUUUUGAAGGCACACCGAAAGUUGUUAAACCUGAGAGGCAUAUUGAAAACGAGAAUAUAGCUGCUAAAGUAUCAAGCUCAUUUGCCGGUACAAGAGAGAAGUGUGUGGGAUGCAAGAAGACAGUUUAUCCAAUUGAAAGGGUUACUGUAAAUGGGACUUGUUAUCACAAGAGUUGCUUCAAGUGUAGCCAUGGAGGUUGUGUAAUUAGUCCUUCAAAUUACAUUGCUCAUGAAGGGAGGUUAUAUUGCAAACACCAUCACAUUCAACUCAUUAAGGAAAAAGGGAAUUAUAGCCAACUUGAAGGUGGUGAAAAUGAGAAGAUUAGUGUUGCAGAAACAGCAACAGCAGCAAGUCUGGAAGCUUGAUAAAUGAUUUUGAUUUUUUUCAUGUAUUUUGUCUACCAAGAUGUGAUUUCAUUUAUCAAGCAUGUUGUACUUUUUUUUUUUAGCUAUAUUUUGAGUUUUAUUAUGUUAUAUGCAUGUAAAACUUAUUUUUCCAUGGAAGUUAUGAUGAGUUUGAUUUUCUUUUCCA